AUGUACCAUAAAACCAGUGUUUUCUACGGCAACCUCCCGGUGCUGACGGUGGCCGCACCGGAGCUUAUGAAACGCAUUCUCGUGAAGGACUUCGACGCGUUCACCGACCGCUUCCGGCCCCCAAUGAAACACCCGAUACUGCGCCACAAUUUAGGCGAAGCGAACCAACGCGACUGGAAACGGCUCCGGGCGGUCGUGUCGACCACCUUUACAUCGGCCAAAAUGCGACGCAUGUAUCCACUAAUCUAUCAGUGCGUCGAUGAGCUUAUGGUCACAUUGGGCACCGGCACCGGUAUGUCGGCCGAUGUCGAUUUACGCCCGGUGUUUGGCAACCUGGCGAUGGACGUGUUGGCCACCUGUGCGUUCAGUAUUAAAUGCGGUGCUCAGGCGGCCAGGGAUGUCGACAGCGAGUUCGUGGCGAUGGCUAAAAGGGCGUUCAAUCCGGACGUCAUGCGCGAGUCGGUCCUCCAGACGGCGCUGAAUUGGGUGGGCGUUGGGCGCCGUUUGGACGCAUCGGCCCACGAGUUCUUCUUCGGUCUCAUCAGAGGUCUGAUCGCCGAUCGGAGGCGGAAUACCAGCCGUAAGUACAACGACUUCCUGCAGAUAUUGAUGGACGCCGUCCACGACACGGAUGAGGACAUGGAUCCCAAUGAAUCGUAUUUGGGAUCUGGAGGGCCAAGUGUCCAAACAUUUAGCAAACAUAUAACGGAUGACGAACUCGUAGCCAAUGGGUGGCUGUGGUUCGCGUCGGGCACGGAGACCAUUACGAUCGCCCUGUCGUUCGCCGUCUACGAGUUGGCCCUCAAUCCGGACGCUCAGCGGAAACUGUACGCCGAAAUCGCCGCCGCACUCGACACCGACGGUCGCGUCGAUUACGACUCAGUCGCGCGACUGCCGUAUUUGGAGGCCGUGUUCGCCGAGACGUUGAGACUUCACGCGCCGCUACACCGGAUCGCGCGCUACGCCAACCGGGACUACGCGCUCGGCGACGACGGCACCGGUAUUGUCGUCAAAUCGGGUCAGAAAGUGGAGGUACCGGCCUAUGCCAUACACCACAUGGAGGAGCAUUUUGAAAAUCCCGACGAAUUUAAUCCGGAUCGAUUUUUGCCCGCGAACCGUACGAAUAUAGCCCCGUAUACGUACGUGCCGUUUGGUGUCGGUCCCCGGUAUUGCGUGGCUAUGAAUUUUGCGACGUUGGAGGUGAAGUUGACCCUGGCCACACUGGUCAGUCGGUACGAGUUUGUCCGAAGUCCUAACACAGACGUACCGCCGCUGUUGAGGGAUAUGAUUGAAAUACAUUCACCACAACGUAUGGUACUGUCGGUGAUAAAGCGCCAGUGAUUUGUACGGCUAAAUUCGUACAAAACUAUCCAUGGUGUAUUUUAUACUUAUGAUUGACCAAUAUGUGGUCAUUGUUUAUAUCUAUGAUAAUGAAAAAGUAACGACCAU